AUGCCUUCGGUGCCCUUGCAUCCGCCAAUUGUAGAGCAACGGAAAGGCAGCGACACUGACAAUGCCCUGCCACCGCUACUGCACACACCCUCUGGCCUUGCCAUGAUCGAGCUACAGGGCAGUGUACUCAGCGAGGACGAGCACAUUGAGAAUGUUUCCACGGCCCUGCGACUGGGCAAACUUGUGUUUCCCGAGGAAGAUGGCGUCUGGGACGGCAAGAAGGUAUUUCUGUUCGUUGGAUCCUCGCCUGAACGCACCCACCAGCGCAUGGCCGGAGAAGUGAAGAAGCUCGUGAAACCUGUCGCCGUCCUCCGGCGCAGGACCACGAAUGACGACCGCGCUAGCUCUGGCACAGGAGACGAAGUAGAGAUCGCAGAGGUUGUGCGGCACAAGAUCAUUUUCUCCCAUCGUCCGGAGCCUCUUGGUGGGGGGGAACAUUUGCUGGAAGAACCGUAG